CGCCUUCUCAUCUUCUCAACGCUUUCAUCGCCUGAAUUUUCUCGAAAUCCGCAUCCGAGCUCCGAGAUCGAAUAGACUCCUCAAAGUUUGUCGACUUCAACGUUCAUCUUCAGCAUACAUCAUCGUCGUCAUGGCUUCCGCCGUCUGCGUCGCCUCCACCAUGAUUGUCGCCCCGGCUGCUGCAACUGUCACGUUGAGCAGCUCCAGGUCCGUGUCGUUCAACAAUGCCGGACUCCGAGGGACCGGCCUCUCCGUUCGGGCAGCUCCAGUUCGUUCCCUGUGCGUACGCGCAGGACGUGAUCCCCGCAAGCCCGACGACGAGAAUGUUAUGGACAAAGUGAAGAACGCCGUGUCGGACUUGACGAUGAAAGCUCAGGACAUCAUCCCCGGCGACAACUCUGGUAACCAGUCCACUGGCAGCCCCGGAAGGAAGCCCGGAGUGGGACGUCAGGGACAGCCGGAGCACAAGAGCUCCACCGGAGGAAUCACCGAGGCUGCCAAGGAGAUGGCUGAGAAGACCGCCGUCGUCUUCGAUGGCGUGAAGGAGAACGUCAUGGACAAGCUUCAGGACAAUGGUAGGGACCUGAAGAGCAAGACUGGAGAUGUAAACUUCGGAGCUCACCGCAACGCGGAUGGUAUUCCGGCUGACUCCACCAAGAGGAACAACCAAGCGCAGUCUGAGUACACCAAAAACCUCGGGAAGAAGAACUGAAGUGUACCAAUCUUGUACCAUAUGAUCUCACACACGGAGAUUCUCUUUCUUUUAUCUGUAAAAAUUCCGCAGAGUGUACACUAUAAUGCAGGAUUGAUGUAUCCACCAGCUAGGAGUCACUACUUACUCAUAGUGGACACCUUUUCUGAAAAUCAGUUUUCUAUAAAUUCGUCAUAGAUCUUUGGUUCUCUGGUUAGUAGAGCCUGAAGUCAGGGACACGAGGAAAUUUCUAUUUUGCUGGUCGUGUUCACUGCGGUUGAGUCAAGAUCUGAGAGAAGAGUGUGUAUUGAGCUGUACAUUAGCCUUAUCGAACCAUCGGAAGUUCGAUGCUGAAAUCUGUCGACUUGAUGUAUUUGUAACAACAAAAUAAAGCCGGCUAUAAAUUCUGG